AUGGCCGAAGCGAUCAGCAAGAAAGUCCCUGAUGCCCUCGAUGCGCAAUGCUGGGCGGAAGACCUAAACCAAGCAAUGUAUCACGUCCUCCCCAGCUGGGCAUCUACUUUCCGACAACACCGACGCCCUCAAAUCCUCAAUAAUUCCCUCAACUAUCGAGAGGUCGCUGCCGACAUUCGAUACAAAGCCAAAAUGGCCAACGCUAGCGGAAGGCCGUCAGGAAUCAAGAGAGGCGCAUUCGCAGCCACAUACGGCGCUGCAUCCAGGAAUAACAGACCUGCAAUCACAGACCGCGAUAAUGACACUAUUGAAGUCCAAGGAGACGCCUCAGAUUGGGCGACGGACGAAACAUCCUAUGCACAUCGAGAUACGCGAGGCCAAAGCCGUAGGCAUAGAGCACGAGGCGGCAGAAGAGGAGUAUCAACAAAACGAAAACAAGCAGAGACAACCGUCAAUCCGAACCCGGAUGGCCCUACCUAUCGAGGAUAUUUAGGUUUCCAUGACUAG